AAUUUUAAUAUUCGUUUUAUUAUUUUACGAAAAAUAAGCUUUCUUCUCCUAUCUAGAAUGCAACGAGGUAAAACAAAGUCCAAAUCGAAAAAAGCUAAAUCGGUCAAAAGUAGCAGCCGUAAAUCGAACACGAAAUCAAAAUCUAAAAAAAAUGCAACUUCAUCAAUCAAUCGAUCCAGUUUUACUGAAGCGUUGAGUUGCAGUACGAUUGGAGCAUCACAAAAAUGUAAAACUCCACCAUUGAAAAAGAAAUCUAAAAAUUCAAAAUCAUCAGUCGUCGAUACGAUGAGUGUAUUGAUGGAAUGUAAAAAAAUUCAAGAACAAAUCGAAGAUCAAACUAUAGAAAAAUGUUCCUCAAUCAAAGAGAUGAAUCGUAAAGGAUAUAAAGUCGACAUUAAUAAAGGAAAGGAUAAUUUAUUCAAUGGUAGCGGUCCCGGUAGUCGUACGAUGAUGGUCAAAAUUAUAAAUCUCAAACUGAUGACCGCUCGAUAUAAACAAAAUUUUGAACGACACAGUGUAAAGAUUUAUAAAUUCAUUGGAAAGAAACCGUUGUGUAAAUCAUUUCCAAAAAUUUAUGAAAUAUUUAAUAUUGAAAAAGUAUAUCUGAUUUUCAUGGAAACAUUGGCAAUGAAAACUUUGUACGAUAUAAUUGUAGAAAAGCAAGCAAUUCCCAUACGGACUAUACAACAAUGGAUACGACAAUUGACUGAAGGCGUAUGCGUUUUACAACAGUAUGGUAUUGCUCAUCGAUUCAUUAAGCUAAAACAUUUGGUUAUCGAUUGUGGACAUAUAAAAAUUCUUGGCUGGAGUAAAGCAGUCCUAUUCUGGGAUAAUCAUAAGCAGAAAGCACUGCAACAACAAAAGGAAAAACGAAUACAUAAGAAUAAUUUCUUACCACCGGAAGCAUUUCAAAAUGUAUAUGAUCCUUCAAAAGCGGAUGUAUGGUCAUUGGGUACCAUUAUUGUAUCAUUACUUACACAUCAUUAUCCAUUUCAUGUUCGAACGCGAAUGACUUUUAUCGAUCAAUGGAAUAUGUUCACAAAAAAACAUCCUAUCGAUCCAGUCGCAAAAGAAUUAUGUGAUAAAAUAUUUGUCAUGGAUCCACGAAAACGAAUCAAAGUUGGUGACAUUUUACGUGAUCGAUUUUUUACUACCGAAAUUAUGAUUAUAGAGAAGAAUUCAUCCAAAUCAUCAAAUAAAAGUCGGAAAGAAAAAUCCAAAAACGCAUCAACAGCCGUCCAUUCGGGUAAAAAUGAAUCAAGCAAAAAAGCAACAUCGACAAGCAAAUCAACAGAAACAAAAAGUAACAAAUCGAAACAAAAGUCAACAUCUUCUAAAACAUCUAAAAAAGAAAAAAGUAAAGCCGAAAGUAAUUAUAGUUCCAAACAAAAAACAAAAUUUACAUCGAAAAAAAUGAUGAGCAAACCAGCAAUCAUAGCUACGAAUGAUUAUAAAACAGCCUUAUCAUCAACAUCUGAUAAAGAAGUAAGCGAAUCAAUAGAAAUUCAAGCAAAUGAACCGACACUAAGACCAUCAUCAAAUGUAAGCAAUGGUGAUAUGGAUGGUGGUGAAGAAGUGGAAGCAGAUGAAAUUGGUGGCGAAGAAGAAGAAGAUGACGAAGGAAAUAUAACUAAUGAAGAAUUACAAGCAGCCGAAGAACAGGAGACAUCUGCACAACCAUCGGAAGCUGAUGAAGCUACCGGUGAAGAGGUGAAUCAAACGAUGGUUGAAGCGGCUUCCGCUUUGAAUGAACAAAUCGUCAAAAGUAACACCAACUAUAAUAAAGAUAGUGAAAGUGGCAGUGAACAAGCCGUUGAAAAUGGCAAUCCAUCAGCCAGAAUAUCGAAUACUAUCGAACAACCAAUAUCGGAAGAUAACAGUGGUGAAAGUAAAGAACAAUCAGAAACAACAUCGCAAACAACGUCAUCAUCAGCAGAACAAAGUUCAAGUUCCAAACAGGAAGAACAAUCGAGUGAAAAUUAGUGGAAAAAAAUUUAAUAAAUUUUAGCAAUAAAUUCUGAACCAACAGAUGGCGAUCAGAUAGAAAAUUC